CGUCCUCUGUCCCCUGUGUCGUCAUCUGUCCCCUGUGUUGUCCCCUGUGUCAUCCUCUGUCCCAGUGUCCAACAGGAAGAGGUCAGGCUGUGAAUGUCUCCAGACUGAUCCUUGUCCUCCGUCCACAGGAACAAGCCCGCCUAUGUGAUCAUGGUGAACCUCGCCCUGUCUGACGGCAGCUUCUCCCUCACCCUGCCUCUGCGCCUGGCGUACUACAUGAACAAGGGCCACUGGUCCUUUCCUGACUGGCUCUGCAGACUCUGUGUCUACGGCUUCUACGUCAACCUCUACUCCAGCAUCCUGCUCCUCACGCUGCUCAGCCUCCUCCGCUGGUUUUCCAUCGUCUAUCCACUGCGUCAUAAGUACACGAAAAGCUUCAGGUCAACCUUACUGAUGUGUCUGGGAAUCUGGCUGUUUGUGGGCGUGUCCUCUGUGCCCUUCCUAGGCAGCGGCGUUAAAGACAGAGAUGGAAUACCUCGCUGCUUUGAGCCGGGUACUCCAAAGUCUUGGUCCCGUAUUCUCAGCAUGAACUACGUGGCGUUGAUUUUUGGAUUUGUGCUGCCGUUCUUCACCAUCAUCCUGUGUUGCAGCAAGAUCAUCCACUGUCUGAGACACCCACAAUGUUCUCAGGACCCGGAAACGCGCAUGAAGUUAAGGAAGAAAAACAAGCGCUCAGUGCACCUGCUCGUCAUGGUGAUAGCGACCUUCCUGCUCUGCUUCCUGCCCUACCACGUGAUCCGGACCCUGCACCUUCACGCCAUCAACGGCCACUGGAACUGCGGCGUCACCAACCUGCUGCAGAGAGCCGUGGCCAUAACGCUGUGCCUGGCGGCGUCCAACAGCGUGGUCAACCCGCUGCUGUACUACUACUCCACCAAGAAAUUCAAGGAAGACGUUGAGCACACUCGGCUACGCUUGAGUAAACGGCUGUCUUUUAGAAGUGGCUCCGUAAGAUCCACUGGAAAGGGCGGGUCGAUCAAAGGUAGACCCUUAAAUCCAAGGGAGGCAGAGCAGAGUCAGUUAAGAACACAAUGUCCUGCUACAGACCAGAGGAAUCAAAUGACUGAGAAACUUUUUGGAUGCGUCUUUUGACUGAAAUGUGCUCAGUAUCUGUCCAGAAAACUGUCAGGAGAAACUGCUGCAGAUGAUGGUCUUUGAGUCACACCACCACAGAUUUAUCUCUGUCACUUUUCCUUUUUCUUUGUCCAGUUUUUAACUUUGUCAUUAGAACUGGUUUGUAAUCUUGGGUUUAAUCUGAGUUCUAGUUGAGAUCAGAUUAUAUUCCAGAGGAAGUAGGAAGGAGUUCUGUUGUCUUCUGAAGGAGUCACAUGUUCUCCUUCAUGGUUUCCUCCAUAUUGUUGCUGUUCAGGUAAAAACAUGUUGUACAGGAUCCUCUCCAGGUCUACAGCGCCCUCUUCAGGCCUGACUGGACUGAACAGGAACAGGAAACCUUCUUUUCCUGGGUUUUCAUAGUUUCCAUUGACCUUGAAGCACCGCUGCUCCCUGUGCCACCCAGUAACCUGUUUACAGGGAAAUAACCCUGCAGCAGUUUCCUCCUGGUGAUUUUUAAACCUUGUUUAUCGUCCAACCAUGAAGCCGUCAGAGUGAAGCACUGAAACACUUUUGGGUGGGAUCUGAACGUGAGGUUCAUGUCCUGCUCAUUAUUUAACUGUCUUUAUUAUUUUUAGAAUGUGUUGGGAUAUCGUACGGCCAUGUAAACAGGAAGCUUAAAAUGAAGGUCCAGCUGGACGUGUCGUCCCUUCUGCUCAGUGUUUAUGUGGAUUUUUAUAUAAAUCAUUCACUUCCACAAACUCUGUCACUGUCUGUUUGUAUCCUGCUGUUUAAUGUUAAUUUAAUGUCUAAUUAUAAUUAUUGUUAUUGAAAA